ACAGUUGCCUUCUUCUCUUUUCUUGGUUUCUUUUACAUACUUAAUAAAGGAAGUAAGUUGAGUGGGUGGAGGGGCCACUUCUCUGUUGGAGAAGUGACAGACUAGCAGAUAACAACAGCCUGCAUUAAAAGUUUACAUCUAGGGCAAAGAACAGCAAGCUAAAGCAGCACGAAGGAAUUAAAAAGAUCCAAAAUAAUUUGAGUCAUGCUAGGAGAAGGUUUUCUAGUUGUGUUGCAUUACGAGAAGGAAAAAAAGAACAGCUCUACUUCUACAGGACACAAAUUGCAGUCAAGCCCGAUUACUUCUCAAACAGACCUUCAAAACAGAGGUCAAGAGCAGGAGGAACCUGGACAAAGACUGCAAGUAGUUACUCCAGCUUCUACAGUCCUAUCUAUUCCCGGAUGUUCACCCAUUCAGACACCCGAAACCGAUCCGGCACUCAUAUCCUCAAGCCCUUGUAGCCUCCUGGACCAUUACCCAGACCUUUAUGUGGCUGAUCCUGGCCCCAUCUCCUACGACCCUCUCAGAACCCUCUCCGAUGAGAUGGAUCUUUAUACCCAAUCUUGUGCUUUGACAACGUCUCCCCCAGCACUUCCAGACCAGGGUUAUUUGGUUAUGGGUGACAGGGUGAACGCCAGCUUAGGUUUGCCCACCAUGCAGUUAGAGCCGAUGACUAACUCCUUGCUGAAUGGACUUCUGGAGAAAAAGAUAGACGAGGUAUAUCUGCAGCACCUCACUGAUAACCUCGCUCGAUGCAACUCCAAUAUGGGUAACAGCAUUCUGCACGGUCUGGUGCCUCCUUUGCAAACCAACAACCAACUGCACGGCCCAGACUCGUUGGAGACAAGCCUGGUAAGAGGACCUGGAGCAGAGCGUGACAAGAAGAUAAGUCACCUGACAACACCAAGCAAGACUCCGUGGUCAUCUAACUUUAGUACUCCAGUUCUCCGUAUUUCUGAGGAUGUUCAUCCACAAUGAAAUAAUUUGACAUGAUACAUUUCUUGAUGUUUGUUCUUUGUAUUUGCAGCAGAAGUUCAAGGACUAGAAUGUGUUUUGUUUGACUAAUGAACAAUAUAACUCAGAUAGCAGACCGAUGUUGAAUAAACAUUGAUUUUCUAUCCAAAUCAUCAGUAUCGUUGACAUAGAAAUUUUAGACAAUAAACAAUAUUGAAUCAACAUUGCAAAUACCAAUGACACCUGGCAGUGACAUUGAAACAACGUUGUUCUAUAGUGUGUCAGGCGAUGGUUGGGUUAACAUUGUUUUAUAAAUAAUGUUAACAAAUAGUUGAUUUUUGAUUGACCAGGAAAUAUGAUUGAAAAGUCAUCAAAUUGUGGAUGAGGGGGAGUUGUGGUCAAAAACUAGUUGUGUUUGAUGGUUGACCUGGAAGACUGUAUCAUCUCAAACAAAUUCUACUGGAAACACCUCAUUUAAGGAUAGCCAUAUUUAAAGGUAAACGUGUUGCUUUUCUUCAGGGCCUUUAUAAGCAAUGAUGUCUUACGGUAGAAUGAACCACGUUUGUCAUCAAAGUUGUAUAUAAAACGGUUUGCCUGACACAACAUGACGAAGUUGCCGAAAUUGUAGGAAACGGUGCAUUUGCUGUGAUUGGCAUACAAGCCAAGACCUACUUAGCCUGGAUGUUAGCUAAGUAGAACUUAAUUCAGGCAAACAUAAUUCUUUUUCUAAUCAAAGCGCUAAAAUCACUAGAUAUUACACAAUGGAGCUGUGUCUUAGCUAGCUAACUAGUGAGCUCUUUCCACACAUGUAGCCCUAAUUUGGUUUGAGAUUGGUUGAGAAACUCACUUCACUGCAAAAUGCUGAAGUACAACCUCUAGCAAAAAGUAUGGAAUUUACCAGUCUCGGACAAGCACUCACUGAGGCAAUUUAUCAUGAACAAACUCAUCCUCACCUUGUCAAGAGUCAAAAAUCUGCAUUGGACAAGGUGUCAAGAGUCAAGAAUCUGCAUUGGACAAGAUGAUGAUGCUGGAACUUUUGUUUGCUGCUGUUCCAGUGAAAUAUACAAAGAUGACUGCGUGAAGAAAACAUCAAUGAUGAUAUGGCUGCAUGUCAGGCAAAGGCACUGGGGAAAUGGCUGUGGUUAAAUCUUCAAUAAAUGCAUAAUUUUUCAUUGAAAUUUUGGAUAGCUUUCUUAUCCCUUCAAUUGAAAAUAUGUUUGUCAUUUUCCAAGAUGACAAUGCAUCAUGCCACAGAGCUAAAACUGUUAAAGCAUAAAGCAAAGAAAAACUCAUCCAGUCAAUGUCAUGGCCUGCAAAUAGCCCAGAUCUCAACCCUAUUGAUAACCUGUAGAGGAAAUUGGAAAAACAAAUGGUGUACAGCAAGGCUCCGACCUGCAAGGAUGAUCUGUCAACUGCAAUCAAAGAGAGUUGGCACCAAAUUGAUGAGGAAUACUCAUCAAGUCCAUGCCUCAGAGACUGUAAGCUGUCAUAAAAGCCAGAAGUGGUGCUACUAAAUACUAGAGAUAUGUUUUGAUUGUUAUUUCUUUGUUUGUUUCUCAUGAUUCCAUAUUUUUGUCGUCAGAAUGGAGUGAUUCCACAUAUAUUUCCCUGCACUUGCGCUAUAAAAUUAACAUUUACUGACCACCACAAUGUUUUUUAUUCAUUUAUUUUAGUGUUUCUGAAUGCUAAAGAGUUGCACUUUGGACUAAUUCAUUAUUUUUUUCAAGCAUUUUUUCCGAAAUUGUUAUACAUGAUAAAAUGUCGGAGUGAGUGCUCGUCCGAGACUGGUGAUUCCAUACUUUUUGCUAAGGGUUGUAUGCAGAGGCGUCGAUUAGGCAAACCAGG